CGAGCUGUCAAAUGCUUGUUGCUCGAGGGAAGUCGGCGUUGGCAAAAGUAGUCGGUUAGCAGUCCAAAAAACCGCCCUCAUCGCUUUCAACUCUCUUAGCCUAAUUCGGGUUAAGAGCUGUUUUAAUAGCCCAUCGAGUUUUAGUCGAAACCCAGCCGUUUUUAGCGUGUGCUUUGCUUUGACUUUGACCGCACUGGGCGGUUGCAGCCUCCGUCCGUGACUCGGUUGUGGCUAGCGGCGCUUCGUGAGGAGGAGAUCCGUGAGGUGAGCAGACCAUUGUCAGGAAGUGCCUUUCACACAACUCCCCAUGUAGCUGAUCUCUGGUCUCUGUCCCUGAGCACCACCCACAGCCCUCUCUCUCCACCUCCAUCAGAGGACUAAUCUGUCCACCUCAAACUAUCCCUCACUCCACCUGACUGCACAAUUCAGUCCAUCUCACAGGAGCCAACAGCAGAGGAGUCCUGUGACAGCCCCAACCAAAAGAGAAUUAAAGGAAGAGGAAAGAAAUUGAGCCCUCUCUCAGAGUAGCUGGAGGAACAUGCUUCAUCAGAACAUUACAUUUUGAUAAAAGCAAAAUAUUUAGCUAAAGGUAGUCUGAGGCCCUUCCUGUUUUGAGUGCCUCAAAGAAUGCCCAGUUCACCUAUUAGUUUCUGGGCAUUUAAACUCUCACUCAUAUGACUGACAGCUCACUGAGUAAACACAGUCUCCAUUUUACCAUAAAUGACUUUACACCACAGACCGACAGCCUGAACGUAGCGGAUAAGCGCCUGUGUGUGGUUAUCAGAUCUCCGAUUGCUUAGUGUAUCGUGCCGUGUCCGUCAGCACGAUGUCAGUGGCUUUGCCGGCUGUUCGUGACACUAAGUGGCUGACUCUGGAAGUGUGUCGGCAGUUCCAGAGAGGCACGUGCUCUCGCAGUGACGAGGAAUGCAAGUUCGCUCACCCACCCAAGAGUUGCCAGGUGGACAACGGGCGAGUUAUUGCCUGCUUUGACUCCCUCAAGGGCCGAUGCUCGAGGGACAACUGUAAAUACCUGCACCCUCCGUCUCACUUGAAGAGUCAGCUGGAGAUCAACGGGCGGAACAACCUGAUCCAGCAGAAGACUGCCGCAGCGAUGCUGGCCCAGCAAAUGCAUUUCAUGCUGCCAGGAUCCAGCCUGCCUGCUGUGACUUCGUUUCCUGUUAGUCAGAGUUUGGGGCCAGGGCCCGGGAUCAGCUACUCCCCCUAUCUCUCUCCUGUCACUCAUGGGAUGGGCCUGGUUGCCACAGAUAUGCUCCCCAGCAACCCUGUGAUUGUCCCUGGCAACCCUGCGGUAGCGGUGCAGAGCUCAAACUCUGCCUCUUCAUCUCAGAAGACACUGCGCUCUGACAAGUUGGAGGUGUGUCGAGAGUUCCAACGGGGGAACUGCUCCCGAGGAGAGACAGACUGCCGGUUUGCCCAUCCUAGCGACAGCCCCAUGAUAGACAGCACUGAUAACACGGUGACGGUGUGCAUGGACUACGUGAAGAGCCGCUGCUCCAGAGAGAAGUGCAAAUACUUCCACCCUCCCGCUCAUCUACAGGCGCGCCUGAAAAGCUCUCAGAGCCCGCAGAGCACCGCUGCAACUGCUGCAAUGACUCAGUCAAGUGCCAAAGUGCUGAAGCGACCCCUCGAGGCAACUGUUGACAUGGCAUUUCCUCACAGCAUGCUGCAGCCUCUGGCUAAGCGGGUGGCUCUGGAGAAGAGUGGAGGACCAGGAGGUCUGUUAAACCCCAGCGUCCUGCACUACCAGCAAGCCCUUGCCAGCACACCACUGCAGCCUUCUGCUGCACUGUUCCCCACAGGCUCAGUCUUGUGCAUGUCUCCUGGACCUGGCAUCGAUCAUUUUGAAAUAGAGCGCAGGAGAGGGACAGAGUGCCAGCGUGACAUACACACACUUAGACGAGGAGUGUGUGAAUACAGCAUCCUCAACUCCCCAGAACUACAGCUACAUGCAUGUUGACAGACAGACAGACACACACACACAUACACACACACACACACGCACGCAUACAUACAUAUAUACACACUCAUACACAUACAUAAACAGACACACACAUAGAGAGUCUAAUAUACACACAGCACACAAGGAAUUAAUUGUAUGUAUACAUUUCUAGAAGAGUUUUACUGGAACAAAACCUUAUUCUUUUUGCUUGUACAUUUUAAUACAUUAUAUAGUUAUAUGACUAUACAGUACGCAGUACCAUUACCAGUGUUGAUUAGAAUUAAUUCAACACUUAUUUUACUGUGUGACUUUAUUUGCACUUUUUUUUAAGGCAGUAUCUUGAGAAAGACUAUCAUAAGCCCAGUGUGAGGGAUAUCCUCUUACCUGAGCUCAGAGAUACUAAUGUAUGAGAAUUUACACAUGUGGACAGGCAGCAGGAGGGACCUGACACCCUAGUGCCGAAGCAUGUCAAAGCCAUGCAAAACGAUGACAUGUCAAAAACUUACAAGAGAAUGGCGGACAGCUUUCUGAAAGCUAUGCAGGAGAAUAACAGAGUAAGCUGAUCUCUUAGCUCCACAGCGCCACCUAACACCAUGCCUGAGCACAGCUGCAGCACUGCAACUUCAAUUAAGUGAACAACUACACUGUUUGCCAAAUUAUUCAUAGGGUAAAUUAAAAAAAAUGUUGACCUUCAACAGUGGCCAAACAGAAUAAUGACACAUGACUUUAAACCCUUUAAGAUUUAAGAGUGUAAAUCUCAUACUGAAUGAGUCAUAAUUUCACCACAAUGGAAGCUAUUCUGUUGUUCUCUUGAUACUGUGCCAUUGAAAAAGAGUGGAAAAAAUGAAUCAAAGAGAUGAUUGUGCGCAAAUGUGUGUAGGUGUAGACAUAGUAUAGAGUUAGUUACUUAGUCUGGGCUCCACAGCUAGACUCAGGGUCUAGAAAAUUCCCAGCACUUUGAGCUGAGUUCAGUUGAGCUGAGUUGGCCUGAGUUUAGUUGAGCCAAGUAGGCUGAGUUCAUUUUGUUCCUGAUUUCCUUUUUUGGUUUGUGUAUUUAUUCUGUUAUGAUUCUGUAUAAGUGCCUAACAAUGUUCUUUACAAGCAACUUAUGGAGACAGAUUUGAACUGUUCAUGUUCAGUUAUUUUGCUGCAAUGUCACUCUCUCACAAAAAGUAAACUUGUUUUAAACAAAAAGGAAAGAUGAAAGAUCACGGAUGUCAUAAACAUUGUUUAUUCUUUUAAUCCUUGACAAAAAGCAUUAAUAAGCCUUAAUAUUAAAAUAUAAAAAGAUGUCCUAUAUAGCAGGAAUCAACCAUCGUGGUCUCAUUGCAUUGCUCGUGGUUUCUCUGUUCUAACACACAGUUCAGUUCAUCAUAUCAUUUUUCUCAAGCCCUUCAUGGGUUAAUUCAUUGGGCAGUGGAGGGACAGCAGUAGAGCAGGGGGUCUGAAGCUGAAACCUUCUGCUGUAGAAACUGCACAAUAAUUAGCACAUGGUUAGCACAUUUUCAUUUAAUGAUAUAGUUACGUUGGAUAACAAUCAUAUGUAAAAUAUCGGUUUAAAUUAGUUUGCUUUCAAAUUCCAUCACUCUGUUUAUGAUUAUAUUCAACUUUACAUUUAUCUUUACAUUUCUAGAACAUCUCACAAUGAUUCACUGCAGUCUCUUUAAUAUGUACCUGACAUAAUGCUUAAUAGAUCUUUUAUUACCAAGAUUUACAAUACAGGAGACUUAUUAAUUUUCUUUCUGUCCAUGUGUUUUUUAGAGUGUUUUAAUUCAGGGUGGAGAUACAAUGCCAUGUGAGAACUUAGACAAUCCUCAGUUUAGAUACUCAAAGGCACUGCUCAGACUUUUACUCAUGUAACUUUACUUCUCAGCAGUCAAUGCCUGAGGAUAAUUUAUGUUGUGAUCUAUAAGAUAUAUGAGAACUAUUAUGUAGUGUUAUGGUAUUGAUCGUUGUUAAUGGACCAUUGUUGUUUUCUGUUUUGAGAUGAAUGUAAUUUAUUUGUGGUAGGGCCUUGUUAUUCUGAUGGAGUUUUUAAAAGGCUAGGGCAGUCCUGCCUUCCUUUCAUACGUCACCUGACUUAGGUAGGGAGAGAGAAGGGGUGGGGCUCCAUUUUGGUGGGCUAAAAUCUAGUCAUGGUUGAGCAUUACUUUGGAUUACACUGAAAGUUGUUUAAUGAUACUGUUGUGAAUCUAAUACUUUGAGGUAUGUAAUUCUUGAACAUUUGAGACUUAGUGGCAUGUAACUAUGGGUGAAAUCUCCUUUUGUCAAAGAGAGAAGCCUAGUAGUGAAUAAUACAUUUGGCCAGCCCGGAGAGGAAGAGUCAGCAAGGGUCCUCAUCCGUGCCAGGCACACUGCAUGGAACGGCAGCAACGGCCAGGCUGCAAACAUGCUCAUUAUUGUGUCAAACUAAAAAUAACUUUGCAUUUCAUUUUAUAGAGGAAUUUCACUUAUAUGUGCUAAUAUUUUAGGACAGUACUAAUUUGUUAAUGUGACAGUUCAGAAUUGCUAUGGAUGAAAUUGUGUUUUUGUAAGUGAUGUUAUUUUUCUUCUUUCCUUUCAUUUCUUUUUUAAUGUAAUAGGUUUAAGUAUGACAUUUUCCCUAUUACUGGAAAUAUACUUAGUUUAAAUGCCUUAUUGUCAUGAUGGACCAUGCUAUGUAAUUGAAAAUAUAUUAGUCUUAAGUGUUUUUCACUUAUUCUACCAAAAAAUAAAUACACUUAAAUCGAGGUUCAUAUAGGUUUAUUUCCCAUGUUCAGGUAAAAACAUAAAUGCAUUGCAGUGAAUAUGAAACAAAGCAUAUUAAUGCUAUAAGAGCAGGUUGUCAUCACUCACCGUAUGGCUGUGAAAAAUCGUACGUCACUGAUAUUACUGAGUGUGUGUUCAAGAAAUGAUAAUGGGACCGACUACUUCAACCCUUUUUCACAACAGACAGUUCAGAGGCAGAGACAUUGAGGAUAUGAAUGAAAAAAAAUGUUUUACUAAUAUAUGUUCUCACUUAUCUAUGUCCUUUCUUGGCACCCACCUCAUGGAACAUAAAUUCAGAAUGUGAUUUCUCUACUGCUGAGGCACUUUCUGAACAGGUUUUAGUAACCAGUUAGUAGUAGUAACCAUUCUGUUCACAUGUAAUGUUUGCCUUAUCUUCAGUGUGAUGCUCUUACCGUUUCAUGUCUGUAAACAUUCUUUGAAAGCUUUUGUAAUACAAAAGAUUGUAUCUGCUCUCUACCUAACAUGAGAAAUUUUCCUAAAGGAAAAUUCUCUCACAAGCCAACGCUAAAGAAGGUAGCAGUUAAAAUAGUAGGAGCGACAGAUUCCCACUAGAUGGCCUUUAAUCUUUUUUUCUUUUCUGAAGUUAGUUUGUUCCUCACAUCCACGUUAAACAAGUGGGUACAAGUGGAGUUGCGGCUGGAUGUGUUGUUUCUAGGUGUGGAGAACAGGUUUUUAGAUCGUGACUGUAGUUACACUGCUGGUUUUCUCACCUCCGCCCUGUUCCAUAGGCUCCACAUACAGCACCACUUUCAGGGGAGGAAUCAUAAACAGUCAAAUUCCACACGGUUUGAUUGUCACACAUUGCAAACUCCUUUUAUGACUUUUUAUAUGCUCUUUUAUGUAGUAUUAAGUAGUUUAUUGAUUUGGUUCCCUAAACACACAGUAUGUAAAAUGUAUCGUCACAUAAUAAAUAAAAUCUUUUAAUGAG